UUCAUUGGUGAAUCCGCCACAUCGACUGUGGUGAAUCCAUCGCAGCGACUGCUACUGUCGAUGAAAAAAUUACUUUUACAUCUCUUUUUUUUCUCUUAACUUAUGUCGUUGCGACUUGAAUCUUAGAAAUUCAGAGUCAGUGGAAAAAAAUAUCGACAUAAUCCAAAAUUUUACUUUGAAGCGGCGACUAUUGUAAGUUAUAGAUCUGCAAAACCAAAUCAAAUUGCCAUUAACAAAAUUUUGCAGUGAAGAGUUAUGAAAGCCGCGUGGGAACCCGAGUACCACAGAGUCUUUGUGGACUUAUGCUUAGAGCAAAAGAUGUUAGGGAACCAACCUGGAACACAACAUAUAUUGAAACCUUUUCAGCAAAGGACGGGUGCGAGAUUCACAAGAAAACAGCUUAAGAAUCAUUGGGAUACAAUGAUCAAGCAGUGGAAGAUAUGGUGUAGACUUGUUCAAUGCAGCGAUAUGAAAUGGGAUCCUGUUACAAACAUGUUUGGUGCUAGUGAUCAAGAUUGGUCUAACUAUUUAGAGGUGAAUCCUGAAGCUGGACAGUAUCGGUUGAAUCCUCCAUUGUUCCUCAAGAAACUAGAGGUUAUAUUUGAAGAUAGUACCUUUGAUGAUGAAGUUACACCAGGUUGGAAAAGGAAGCGAGUAUGCAAGCAUCGUGAUGAAGAUUAUGAUACUGGAGAUGAUGAUGAAGAAGAAGAAGAAGAAGAUACACAAAGCGCGUCUAAUUUCACGAGUCCUCAGUCAAAAGGAUACUGGUCACCGUCCUCACAUGAGCUGUUUGUUGAUUUGUUGUUCCAAGAGGCUUUAAAAGGAAACAGACCUGACUCACAUUAUCCAAAGGAAACUUGGAAAAUGAUGCUUGAGACUAUUAAACAGAAUACAGGUAAAAGUUUCACAAGACCGCAGCUUAAAAACCACUGGGAUUGUACUAGGAAAGGUUGGAAGAUUUGGUGUCAAGUGAUUGGUGAUCCCAUGAUGAAAUGGGAUGCAGAUACCAGAACAUUUGGUGCUACUGAUGAAGACUGGAAAAGCUACUUAAAGGUAAAUCAUAGAGCUGCAGUAUUCAGACGGAAACAUAUUCUUCACGCUGAUAAACUAGCAACCAUCUUCAAAGGACUUAUAGAACCUGGAAAAGCUUAUUUUCGUCGUUAUCGUAGGAGAGUGGGUGAUCAUCAUCAUCAUCCUGAAUCACCGCAGUUACAUGACCCGACUCCAUUAUCAACACUCUACACAAACGAGCCAGUAACUGGAAGUGAAGACAGAGCUGAUAAUGAUGAUGGUGAUGAUGAUGAUGAUGAUGAGCCUACUCUGCAAGACAUGAGAUUUGAUGGUGUUGGUUUUGCAGAGUCUCGGUUACAAGAUGUUGAAAUUGUAACUCCGGGAUCUCACAGGUUCAGUACCGAGUUGUCGGAGAAGAUUCCAGUGAAUGCUUCGGUUAAGAAGUACGAGUAUACCAUUGGGGAAUGCAUUGAGUGUUUGGACAACAUGGAAGAGGUUGAGCAAGGUAGUGAUCUUUACAUGUUUGCCUUGGAUUUGUUUCCGACAAAAGAGUACAGAGAGAUCUUCUUACAUUUGAAGAACUCAAGUUUGAGAUUGUCUUGGCUGCUUAGACGUCAAUCUGGUGGCCUUACCAUUACUGCCUAAGAUCCUAUUCUCUCCCAAAACUUCUGAUUAUGUUAAUCUAUCAAGAAAACAGUUUACUAUAUAUUCUAUGUUUAGUUGUUUUGGGUGCAAGUUUAUUUUAUGUUUAUGUGUUGGAGUAACUUAGAACUCUGUUUUCAAUAGUGUGAGAUGUUAAAUUAUAAUCUUCGUUUUCAUAUCA